AUGACCCCAGCCGCCUCCCUGGACUUGUUUGUCCUGACCUUCAACUGCGCAAAGAACAUCAUCGAUGUCGACGUCUUCGCGAGACAUCUGCAAGGUGCCCUCCGCCAGCAUGGCCAAAGGAGAGAAGGCCGUGGCUCCCGGCCCAAGGACCCUGUCGAGCUGCCGGACCUGGUUGUAUUCUCCCUACAAGAGAUCUCGCCCCUGGCGCAGAGCUUCGUUGGUGGAUACUUGUUGAACCCCUACCUCAUGCCAUUCAAGGAGGCACUCAACCUCGCCGCGACCGGGGUGGAGGAGCAACAGCUGCAACAAGAGCAAGAAGAGCAGACCAAAGGUUCCGCCUCAAGACGGUCCAGGCCCCAGCAGAGCCUACAACGCUCCACGUCCACCCUCCCGACCCUAUGGCGCCGGCAACAGGACUACCCGUACAAGCUGGUGGGCUCGCGCAAUGUCGGUAUGACCGCAAUAAUGCUCUUCGCCCGCAAGCCCGAUGCCAUCCACCACAUCCAGUUCGCCGAGUGCGCAUUCGGUAUCGCCGACAUGGGAAACAAGGGCGCUGUUGCCCUGCGGGUCACAUAUUCGGGCGCUGGUUCCCCUGGCGAGGACGAGGACGAGGACGAGGACGAGGCUGCCACUGACCCCGCGGAGCAGAGGACCACCGUCAUCACGUUCGUUGCUACGCAUCUCGCCGCGAUGGAGUACAACCUGAGGCGGAGGAAUGCCAACUGGGCAAGCAUUGUGUCUUCAUGCACGUUUGAGAACCCCAAAGAGGUUGUGUCUCCAGAAUUCCACCAGGAUGCCGAGCCGGGCGCUAAGAAUGUCGUCGACGCAUCGACAAAAGACGUCACCGGGGGAAAACAGACGGACGGGGGCCAGGAUAUCCCGCCUCCAACCGAAGACGAACGCGCUCACCUGCUUAAACGCCGUCAGACGUUUAAGUCCAUGCCCAAAGACGAAGCAAAACGGUUACACGACGCAAGCAUCUUCAAGCCGGGCUCUCACUUCUUCGUUGCCGGAGACUUGAACUACCGUGUCAGCACCAAAUCGCCACCUACCGCGGCCCCAUUUCCCACACUAGACAACUACCUGCCUUUCUUCGAGAAGGACCAGCUCACAGAAGAGAGACGCGAAAACCGCACGCUUCACGGUCUUUCCGAAGCAGAGGUUAAGUUCCCGCCUACCUACAAGAUCAAGCACCUGGGCCCAGACAAGUUUGCCGAGGCCGUCAACAAAGACGAGAUCCAGGCCGGAGGGGAAGACGUUGUCCCGUGGAAGUGGGCUUCCCACCGCUGGCCGGGAUGGUGCGACCGCAUCCUCUACCUCGAUAUUCCCUCGUGGGUGAAACGACGGCAUGGAGACAAAGCCGCCGUCGAGAUCGUCGUCCACAAAUACAACUCGAUGCCAACCAUGCUCAGCUCGGACCACCAGCCAGUUUUUCUUCGCGUGUCGGUGCCCCUGCUGACCCCGGAUGAGUUGUCGCCCGGCGAUGAGGACACGGAAGGUACAGGGGAAGGCUCCACGGAAGCUACCGACCCACGAUUACACCUGCCUCUACCAGUUGAUUUGGCUGCGUGGGAACGCCGUGCGAGCGCCAGAAAGAAGGAAAUUACGACAGGAAUGAUGACCCUUUUCUUCUCAACAAGGGAAGGAGCGGUGGUCCUGGGCACGGUGGCUGUGGUUUCUCUCAUGACUUGGUGGCUGUACCGAGGCGGCAUGUAG